CAAACAGCUCCUCCGUGCGUAGAAGUCGGAGUGGGGAAGAUUUCUAUCGGCUCUCCGGCUUUGUAGGAUGCCGGUACAGCUGACAACAGUCCUACGUGUGGUGGGUACCAGCCUGUUUGCCCUGGCAGUGCUGGGGGGCAUCCUGGCAGCCUAUGUGACAGGCUACCAGUUCAUCCACACAGAAAAGCACUACCUGUCCUUUGGCCUAUACGGAGCCAUCCUGGGCCUGCACCUGCUCAUCCAGAGCCUGUUUGCCUUUCUGGAGCACCGACACAUGCGGCGGGCUGACCGGAUGCUGAAGCAGCCUUCUCUGCUGCAGCGCUCAGUGGCCCUCUGCAUUGCCGCCUACCAGGAGGACCCUGACUACUUGCGCAAGUGCCUGCGCUCAGCCCAGCGCAUUGCCUUCCCUGAUCUCAAGGUGGUCAUGGUGGUGGAUGGCAAUCGCCAAGAGGAUGCCUACAUGCUGGACAUCUUCCAAGAGGUGCUGGGUGGCACUGAGCAAGCUGGCUUCUUUGUGUGGCGUAGCAACUUCCAUGAGGCGGGUGAGGGUGAGACGGAGGCCAGCCUGCAGCAGGGCAUGGACCGCGUGCGGAACGUGGUACAGGCCAGCACCUUCUCGUGCAUCAUGCAGAAGUGGGGAGGCAAGCGUGAGGUCAUGUACACAGCCUUCAAGGCCCUUGGCGAUUCAGUGGACUACAUCCAGGUGUGUGACUCUGACACUGUGCUGGAUCCUGCCUGUACCAUCGAGAUGCUUCGAGUCCUGGAGGAAGAUCCCCAAGUAGGGGGCGUUGGGGGAGAUGUCCAAAUCCUCAACAAGUAUGAUUCCUGGAUCUCCUUCCUGAGCAGUGUGCGGUACUGGAUGGCCUUCAACGUGGAGCGGGCCUGCCAAUCCUACUUUGGCUGCGUGCAGUGUAUUAGUGGGCCCUUGGGCAUGUAUCGCAACAGCCUCCUCCAGCAAUUCCUGGAGGACUGGUACCAUCAGAAGUUCCUAGGCAGCAAGUGCAGUUUUGGGGAUGAUCGGCACCUCACCAACCGAGUCCUGAGUCUUGGUUACCAGACUAAGUACACAGCACGCUCCAAGUGCCUCACAGAGACUCCAACCAAGUACCUCCGGUGGCUCAAUCAGCAGACCCGCUGGAGCAAGUCUUACUUCAGGGAGUGGCUCUAUAACUCUCUAUGGUUCCAUAAGCACCACCUCUGGAUGACCUACGAAUCAGUGGUCACGGGUUUUUUCCCCUUCUUCCUCAUUGCUACAGUCAUUCAGCUCUUCUACCGUGGACGCAUCUGGAACAUUCUCCUCUUUCUUCUGACUGUGCAGCUGGUGGGCAUUAUCAAGGCCACCUAUGCGUGCUUCCUUCGAGGCAAUGCAGAGAUGAUCUUCAUGUCCCUUUACUCUCUUCUCUAUAUGUCAAGCCUCCUGCCAGCGAAGAUCUUUGCCAUUGCUACCAUCAACAAGUCUGGCUGGGGCACUUCUGGCAGAAAAACCAUUGUAGUAAACUUCAUCGGCCUCAUCCCUGUGUCCAUCUGGGUGGCAGUCCUUCUGGGGGGGCUGGCUUACACAGCUUAUUGCCAGGACUUGUUCAGUGAGACAGAGCUUGCCUUCCUUGUCUCUGGGGCCAUCCUGUAUGGCUGCUACUGGGUAGCCCUCCUCAUGUUGUAUCUGGCCAUUAUCGCCCGGCGAUGUGGGAAAAAGCCAGAGCAGUAUAGCUUGUCUUUUGCUGAGGUAUGACAUAGCCCCCAAGCCUAGCGGGAAAAGUGCAAUGGGUAGGGG